AUGAAAGUCGACACCAAACAAUCCAACAGUCUCCUCGCGGCAUCGGCUGGAAAGAUGCCCAAAAAGCCAUUUUCCGCCGGUCAAUCUGCCCGGAAGCAUCAUUCCAAUAUUAUUAUGCCCAUUGCAACCAAGACGCUCUCCGCCGAAGCGAAAGUGGACGUGACAAAAAAUACUCUCUUCCCAAGCACUGGCAACAACAACAACGAGAAUCACAAUGGAACAACGACUGCUGCCAAUCCCUUUGCACGAAACUCCUACGAAGAAGUCGAAAUUGUCAUUGGUGAACGUGCAUCUCGUCCAACCUUUUAUUACUUUGAUGCCACCAUGUCGUACACAUUUGGGGCGUUUCACUCGGAGUGA